UUUGUGUCGAGGGAGAGAGAAAAGGGGAAAAUGCAGAAGGUGAGGGGUCUAGUACAGAAAGGUGCCAAAGCUGUUGAGGAUCUCAACUUGCUCAAGCUCCUCCAGUCUGAGAUUCAACACGAGCUCUCCUCUGACCCUUUUCCGAAGAGCAGAAGCAUUUCAUUGGGAGAUUUUGUGUUGGAGUGGGAUUCACCGCAGACCCAAGAUGUGUUUUUGAGGAGGAAAAUGGAGUGUGGUGAAGAGGUUGCUGUUUCAGCUAAGUUGGCGCCCUUAAGCGAUACCCCUGGAAGAGAGAAGUUAAUGUAUCCGAGGGAUGUUAUGAUGAAGAUAUGUGUCAAGAAGCCUGGGUUGAGCUCUAUAUUGCAGUUUGACUGUGAAGUCUGGGAGAAUGAUGGUCUUGGUUCUGGGUUUGAAAUCUCUGAAAUCUAUUUGUUUCCUUCACCAGCUCGUAUCGGCCCUAACGUCUAUAGAGGUCGCCCAAGCUAUAGCUAUCUGGGUAUUGAUACACAUCCUGAGCUCGAUAAGUAUCUUGCCGCCAAGGGUAUUGGAGAAGAGCUUACUAACUUCCUCUUGCACCACCUACACAAAAAAGAGCAAGACCAAUAUGUGAAUUGGCUACAGAAGCUUGAAUCCUUUGUUGCAAAAGAAGCAAAACCAGAGUGGUAAACAGGAAUCAUCAAAUCGAUCUUUGUCAUUUGAUGUAACUAAAGAAUUAAUCUAGGUAAUGUACUUGGAGCAUGAAGGUGCCAUCCCUUUUUGAUUACUUUGGAUGGACCGAACAUUACUUAUUCCACCAUUAACUCAUGCCACUUGCCACUUGGGCAGGGCCUAUAUAAUGUAAUAUCCCUGAAACUUCAA